AUGACGAUUGAAGAGUUUGUUAGUCAACCGGGCCGUCAACAUAUCCCAAGGCUCCACCUGGAUGAAGAAAACGGAUCUACAUGUUUACAUGUCUCUAUGUUUGGAUUAGAGGGAGAGAUAACAAAAUCCAUUCUUAAUAUUCUUAAGACGCAAUUGAAUCACCCUUGGCCGACUUACGGGGAUGUCGACGAAGAUAUCAAAAAGAUGUGGUUCAAGACUUUUGCGCAAGAUUUUAAUUGGGAAAGCGGUCAUUCUCCGAAAGUGAGAAGAGCUUUUGACAUUCAAGCCAACACAUCCUACCAAAAUCACAUAUAUGCGUGGAAGCAAAAGUGGAAGGAAGGCAAAAAAAUGCCCAAGUGUCUAAACCCCGAAGUUUGGCAAGGGUUUAUCCGCUAUUGGAGUAUGGAUGAAACGAUAUUUAUUUCGUCACAAGCAUCAACUAAUCGUAGGAGCGAACAUGGUGGAAAGGGUAUAGCGACCUACAAUGGAGGUUCGAUAUCUAUAAAAAAGCAUGAGAUAAAAAAGAUGAUCGCAAACGGAGGCGUUGCGCCGGAUUGGAUAGAUGUUAUGAAAACAACCCACACAAGCAAGAAAACCGGACAAAUUCAAGAUCCGAUUGUCGGAGAACGCAUAGAAAGGAUUAAGCUCCAGAAGAUGGAACAGCUAACGCAAUUCUCUCAAAAUGGCUCAUCAUCUUCAAUCGAUCUACCUCAUGAAGAAAUCCACCGUUUGUGUGUUGAGGAAAUUCCUUUAACCAAAGGUCGGAGAUCCGGAUUAGGAAGUCUUGUGUCACAAGACAGAAGUAUCUCUUCGGCAUUUCUCCGAGACAAUGAACUUAUUCAACAAAUUCAAGAUCUUAACCGAAUCGUGAAAGAAAAAGAUGAGGCGGUCAAAGAGUUGAAGCAACAAAAUAUCAAGAUUACGAAGCAAUUCACCGAGAUUCAAACGACACUUUCCCAACUUCAAAGUUUUAUUUCGUCUAAAUUUCCGUGA